ACAAACUUGUUAAUAAUUGCUGCUGUGAUUGUGAGGGUAAAAUUUAUCAUUGCUGAAGUUGGUUGUCAUUUCCUGAUAAAAUCAUGCAUUGUCAUUGAAACUAAACUGUUCUCUAGAUUUAUCGUCAGUUUCAUUCCUGAAGCAUUUAAGACUAGUAAGCCACGUUCAUAUCUUAUCUACCCAUAAACAUAUAAAAUGGUGAUUAAAGCGGUUUGUGUUCUAGCAGGAGAAAAAGUCAAGGGCACUAUUCAUUUUGAACAAAGUGGUAAUGGUGAACCAGUGAAAGUAUUUGGAGAAGUUUCAGGGCUUGAUAAAGGACUACAUGGAUUUCAUGUUCAUGAAUUUGGAGAUAAUACAAAUGGUUGCACAAGUGCUGGGCCUCAUUUUAACCCAGACAAUAAGGACCAUGGGGCCCCAGAGGAUGCAGUGCGUCAUGUAGGAGAUCUUGGCAAUAUUACUGCUGAUGAUAAGGGUAAUGCCAAAGUCAACAUCACUGAUGGUAUAAUUUCACUAUCUGGACCCUUGAGUGUACUUGGAAGAACUGUUGUGGUAAGAAUCUGAUAUUACAAAACAAAC